GGUCAGCUACGCACCAUGGGAAGCUGGUGUGUGUACCUUUUCUGUACACUGCUGUGUGCCGCUGGAAGUUUUUACAGCUAUGGUCUCAUCCAAAAUGAGGAAUACAAAGCUAAAUAUUUAACUUAUUUUUCUACGACAGAGGACAGCAAUGAAAAGCAGCUGAUCAAUGAUUUACACCAGGUUUUGGAGAGACUUCAGAACAAUCAAUUCUCAGCUCUCCGAAAAAAGCAUGGCUAUCUGCCUAUGUGUGAUCCGGGGGAUCAGUGUGCGCUGAGGAAAGGCUCCAGGAUCGGGAAACUGUGUGACUGCUCUCUGCCAAGAACAUGCAACUCUUUUCUACAUCGUUGUUUAUGAUUCUCUUUGUCUAUUUAUAUGUCUAACAACAAAUAAGAAGUAUGACGCAGUAAAAACGACUUAUAAGCCUGUAAUCUAGUUUGAUGAUGAUGUUUUUGAAGUUCUCACAUUUUCCAUUUCGUAUUUUUUUCCUGCUUACUGAAAAACUGUAAUAUUCAAUAAUUUUACAAUUCAAGUACUAAACUAUUAAAUGUUUUGUUACGUGCGUUGGUGUACUUGUGUAUUUGU